GACGUCUCUACCAGCCAAUGAGUGCAGCGCUGUACAGUCCGAGAACCAAUCAGAACGUGUCCGGCUUAAACGGGGCACAACGGCACAGAGGGAGAUGGCGCCCAGCUCGAAAUCUGAAAAGGACGAUAAACAGAAAACUCUCAAAAAGCAUAAGGACCAUGUUGUGAAACUUAUAGCACGCGGGAAGCUGUCAGGACAGUAUUCCCAGCGUCUGUUUCGGAAGCUUCCACCUCGGGUGUGUGUCCCAUUAAAGAACAUCGUCAGUGCGGAGUUCCUGAGAGCAGGACACAUAUUUCUAGGCUUCACAAAAUGUGGCCGCUACGUUCUGUCUUACACUAGCGAUUGUGGAGAAGAUGAUGAUUUUUCUUUCUAUACCUAUCAUCUUUAUUGGUGGGAGUUUAAUCUGCAUAGUAGACUCAAACAGGUUCAUCAUGUGCAGUUAUUUGCAGGGGAGGAAAUAUACAGUGAUUUGUACCUCACUGUGUGCGAAUGGCCAAAUGACCACUCUAAAAUAGUUAUUUUUGGCUUCAAUACACGCAGUCCAAGUUCUGUGUUCAUGAACUUAAUGAUGAGCGAUGAGAACAACAGAGACAUCUACAUCACCAUAGCGUCCAUGCCUCCACCAAAACCUUGCUCUUACUGCAGUCCAAAUCCCUCGGUCACAACAAUUCGUACAGGAAGUGGAGAGUGUCUUGAGCAUGGCUAUGUGCUCAACAGCAGGUACCAGGUGGUGUACCCAUUCCCCACUUUUCAGCCAGCUUUUCAGCUGAAGAAGGACCAGGUCAUCCUGUUGAACACCAGCUACUCUCUGGUGGCCUGUGCCAUCUCACUUUGCCCCGGAAAUCAAGGUCAGUCUUCACAGAUUCUUUACACCAAGGGAGCAGCCCAGUCAACUCAAGCCUCAGCAUCUUUUUCCUCAACUUCCCUGGUUCCUUCCUCACUACCUCAGGGAUCUCCAGAGAAUCGCCAAGUUCCUUCCAGGCCCCCUCCGAUUCCCUCAUCGCCGAAUCAUUCACAAGCAGCCAUGCGAGCUCGGGAGUUUGCCGCCGACCUUUUCAGGCGAGCUCAAGGAGGUGGAGGGAAAAACGGGGAGGGACAUGUGGAGAGAACAGCCGGCGGUGAUGUAAAAGGGGCCGCACAUAAACCAGGCGAUAAAGUAAAUGUAGAGACUUCAAGAGAAGUGGAGGAUCAUAAAGAGACUAGUACAGAGGACGGACAGACUAGUUCACCACAAACGUCAACAGCAUCGAAUAGAUGCUUUGGUGCUCCACGAUUUUCUUCUGAACAAGUCAUCUCUCCUGCCUCUUCUCCAAUAUCACUUCCAUCAACUUCGAUUCAGUUGUCUUGCCAUGAUGUUGGUCCCAACGAACCUGGAUAUGUGAACUACUCACGCCUGCACUACCGCCUACAACAGCCAGGGGCAGCAGAGCAGAAUUCAGGAGGCGCUGGAGGUUAUGAAGAUGAUAAAGCCCAGCUCCCUUUCACUGUCACAGAUCUGAAAGGAAGGAACCUGCAGCUGGUUACUGAACCACAUAACGGACAGAGUGUGUGUAUAGAACAGCUGACUCUGGAUUUUGAGUAUCUUAUCAACGAGGUCAUCAGGAGCGACGCUGCCUGGGCUCCACAGUUUUGUUCCUUCAGUGAUUAUGAUGUUGUGAUACUAGAGGUGUGUCCAGAGACAAACACCGUGAUGAUCAACAUCGGUUUGCUGCUGCUGGCGUUUUCUGUCUCAGAUGAAGAGCACUGCAGGCCAAACACGUACCAUUCUAAUCUGCAGGUCAGCUGGGACCUUAACACAGGAGUGUGUUGUACUGUGGGUGUAGGUGACCUGACAGAGGUCAAGGGUCAGACCAGUGGGAGCGUGUGGAGCUCUUACAGAAAGUCCUGCGUGAACACGGUGAUGAAGUGGUUGAUUCCCGAGAGCAGCUCCCGCCACAUCAAUCGCAUGACCAACGAAGCUCUGCACAAAGGUUCAUCGCUGCAGGUGUUGGCAGAUAGUGACCGCUGCACCUGGAUUGUGUUAUGAAGAACAAAAAGGUGACCAAACAUGACCUCUUUCUCGGUGAAGACCAGCUUAAAUCAG